AGGAAGAGAGGAGUGAGAUAAGGAAAGUGACGAUGGGAAGCCGAGAAGGCAGUGAAACGGAAAACCCAAAACAAAAUUCCAAGAACUGUUUUCAGAGCAUGCAAUUAAUUUUAAACAAAGACACCUUAAUAAUGGAUUGUAUUUUGAAGAUAAUGAAUCAGCUUCUUGGCAUGAGCAUAGGAGGAUCGAGUUACUUUCAACAAGUGAAUGAGAGUGAGGCUGAAAGAGCAAGAAGAUUGGCAUGGGUAGUAGAUUUGGACCUUAACCACCCACCUCCUAGUGAGAACCUGGCUCUAGCUGCUCCUCCGAGUGUCCAACCUCAACAACAAUCUUCGGACGCUCCUGAUGAUGAAUGUCUAAUCAUAUCACCACGGAAGUUUGAAGAGGCCAUGAAUAAUUCUCGGAGAAAUCCGUCUCGCAGAGUAAGAAGCAAUAUAGAAGAUUUUACUGAAGACUUGGAACUGUCAACGGAGUGAUUUCCUUGAACGAAG